AUGGUGUUAGCUACGGAAGUAUUUGAUUUUCCAAAAAAUAUCGAAGGGUUUGGAUACAAAUUUAAUGAAAAUGGAGAAUUAAGACAUAUUGAAACGAACGAAAGAUUUUUGUUCGUUGUUAAACCCGACGAUCGUUCUUAUAACCAAAACCACUAUGAAGCAUUGGGUGGUACUGUAAUUGGUGAAUUUAUUGAAGAAGAAUUAGUGAAUAAAUAUAAUCUCAUCAGAAAAACGAUUCCGGUAGAAUCAGAUGAAGAUGAAGAUGUCGUCUUUCCAAAAAGUAGAAUUUAUCUCAGUGAAGAUGCCCAAGAUUGUCAAAAUCUGCUUUUGCUAAUUCAAGGAAGUGGAGUAGUGCGACCCGGACAAUGGGCACGUCAAGUUAUCAUUAACGAUUCUCUUGAGCUUGGAACCAUGUUCCCUUAUAUCAAAAAGGCCCAAGAUUUAAAAUGGGGAAUUAUUAUAUUUAAUCCCAAUGCAAAUAUUGGACGUGUCACAAAAAAUGGAGAAGUUAUUGGUUUCGCACGUAUAAAAGGUUCAGAAUCGCCACAAGAUCAUUGUCUAUACGUGUGGGAUAGGUUUGUAAGGAAGACAAUAGCGAAAAGAAUUCUUAUCGUAGCGCAUAGUUUUGGUGGCAUUUGCACUUCUUAUAUGAUAGACCAUUUUGCCAAUGAUUUUAGAUCACGUGUCAAAGGAAUUGCGCUUACAGAUAGUGUGCAUAGCUUCGGAAUGAUACCAAAACAUUCUGACAAAUGGUUCCGUGGUUGUACCACAAAUUGGAUCAAAUCUCCUUUGCCAUUAAAUGAACCUGUGCGCGAAGCAAACGGAUUUUAUGGAUGUCAUUGUACAUCAGCUGGCCAUCCAAAACAUGAAUAUACUUCUGGUGCAGCCAUUGAACCCGUUUUCGAAUUUUUGCAAGGUCGAUUGGCUCAAGCGAUCGAAAGAGAGAAGAAAGCAUCUUUUUCGAGUAAUGAGAGUGAAAAGAUAGCUGAAAAAUCUUCUGAAGCAACAAUAAGCACAUUAAUUCAUGAAACUAGCAAAAUACCACAUGAAAUAAAUGUUACAAACAUAACUAACAAAGGGAACGAACAAUCCGUUGCAAAUGGUGAAGGUGAGACGAUGGAAAUGAGUAACGAAUCAACUCAAACACGAGAAGACAUAAAAGAAGUAGACACAAAAACACAGGAGCAGCCUAGUCAAACACUUGAAAAAAUUAAUACGAUCAUAACAAAACAAAAGGACGAACAAUCUAUUGCGUAUAAUGAAAGUGAGGAGAUGGAAAUAAUUAACGAGUCACUUGAAUCGGGAAUGAACUUACAAACUCAGGAACCUGGUCAAGUAUCUCUCGAACAAGGCACAGAAGCUAUAACAAUUCAAGAGGACAAUCAAUUAUCUGGUGCGAAUAAUAAUGAUGGGGUUGAAUCACUUGAAGCAGUAACAAGCACACAACCCCACGAGUCUAAUCAAAUGCCACCUGAAGAAAUUAUUACUACAGCGAUGGAAAUAGAUGAAUCACCCGAAUCAGUAAUUAACGUACCUAAAAAAGGUACCGAAUUAAAUAAAACGCUCGUAAAUGAUGAAUUUGAGAACGGGGAAUAUAAAAAGGAAAACAAUACUUCUGAGAAUCAAUUUGUUACGACUAAAGAUUUACCAAAGGAAAUGUCAACAGGUUCUACAGAUGUUCAACAUUCAAACGAUGAAAUAAUUCAGGACAACAAUAAUAAAGAGAAGACAGACAAUUCCCUCACAUCAGAUCAAAAAAAUAAUGUAAAACAAGAAAGUGAAUAUAAAAUUUAA